AUGUUUGCUUUUUUAUGUUCUCUCAGAAGCGAUAAUUCGCGAGGAAUUCAGCACAAAAAACGCGAUGUGAUACGACAUGUUCCGAACAAUCUAAUAAAUCAGGAGCUAAAACAGCGACUAAGUAGGACUUCUGUAUGCACCUCCGAUGUGGAUAUAGAUCGAAUUGUGAAGGAGAGCAAAACCACGACAAUUACAGAAACACGAGAAACAAUUCAUUUUCGGCCACGAGAGAGUACCGACAAGGAAGAUGUUUGUUCAUCUUCAGUAGAGAUCCCAGUGCGAAAGCGGCUUUCCAUACUUGAUUCCACUUUUGAUGAGAGGAGGGCUAGACAAACUUCCCCAAAUACGUCGACCUAUCGAAAAUCCAGUGCAACUCGCUCUGGUGCCAAAACACCGCCUUCAGUGAUGAUACGGACAAAGCCUUCUGCGAGUCGAGAUGACAAUGACGACUUAGCAGCGGAUUACGCAAAUUUGGAGAAGGAGCUUCAGGAUAUUAACGAAAGAAACAAAGAGCUUAAGAAGAGGUUCUUUGAAGAAAAGACGGAAACACCAAUUAUGGGUCGUUCGUCGCCACUGCCAUCGAUGUCUUCCCGAAUUCAAGAAUGGGACUCAAUGAGUAUCAGAGCUCGUGAGAGGAGGAAGUGCACGUUCGCAGGGCCCAAGCAAGAAGUCAUGCCCGAGGUAGGUAAACUAAUAGAACUUCUAGAGAGUGAAUUAGUUGUAACAGCAAAAUCUAGGAAGCCUUCCAAGGAACAACACAAGACUUCUUCUUCUUCUACCGGCAAACAGAAUGGCAGCUCUCACAACAUUGUCAAAUAA